GGGCUGAUUCAGAGUUUUGUCACAAAUGAAUCAGUUUAUUUUAAGCGUAAUGGAAAGCCAAAGCGCACGAAAAGAACUCUCUCGUUGGCCAUCGGCGUCAAACGUUAUUUUCAAUCAGGCGAUCAUCGAAGGCGACGUGGCGAAGGUGAAAUUUUUGUUGAAAUACGGUGGGAAACAGAUUGCGCUCAAUGAAAGGAACAAACUCGGUUUGACUCCUUUACAGCAAAGCUGUGUUGACGGUAAUCUUUCGCUAGUGAUGUUACUUCUUGAUCAUGGAGCUGAUAUUGAAGGCAAGGACAUAAAUGGCUGGACGCCGCUUCAUUUCGCAAUAAUCGCUGGUCACUGCAAUAUUACCAGUUUGCUUAUAGAUUCAUGUGCGAACUUGGCAAGCGUCGAUGGUAAGGGUCGCUUACCCAUCGAUCGUGCUCAGACUGAAGAAAUGUUGGUUUUGAUUACACGAGCUAUGGAGAACGCUGGGUAUGUAGAAACAGCGCGUUUGUAUCUGGAAAAAUGGGGUUUACGAUCUCUCUCAUCUGAAGACGAAAUGUCAUCAUCUUCGUGUCAAGAAAGUACUGAAUUUUCUGAAGCAAAUAGUGUUACGGACAUUAGGCAACCUUCGAACGACAAAACGAUUUGUAGUAAAAAUCAAAAUAUUCAAGAUUUCGUUAUGCAAACCAAGUGUGAAUUGGUUUGGUCGAAGUCAUCAUAAAUUUUCUUAUCAGUGUGGAAUACAUUUUCUUCCAGGGGCGAUUUGAUAAAGGAGCGAUUUUUCAAAGCAAAGCCAAAUAACAAUAAAAAAUUAAACCUUCAGGUGAUCCAGGAGUGUUCUAUUAAAUAAAAAUUCGCUUUAAUAUAUUCCACAACAUCAACAAAUCGAGGAGAACGAAUAAUUGAAUUGUGACAGAUUGCAAAUGCCGUUAAUUUUUUUCAUAAGCCUGUUUACUUAGGAUCAGGAAAAUGGUGGGAUUGUCUUUCGCGUGUAACUGAAAUUCCCCGUUAAAGUUCCCAUCGAAAUGAUAGAAGUGUAGUUAAAAAUAGCCAGGGAA